AACCGAGGGGGGGGGAGGAUGAUAGCGACUGGGCCUCUGAGGAAAACCCUGGUGUCAGCUGCUGUCUGGCUUUGUCGGAGGAGGAGGAGGGUGCCAUGUUUGGCCAUUUCUUUCCCCAGCCGUUCUGUGUUAUUGGCUGACAAAAUUCAUAUCUUAUCAUCCCGGCAAUCACGAGUAACUGAAAGAUGGUUUUCGGUUGGUCAAGAAUCACAGACUGCUGCACCACAGGACAUUGUGUUCCUCAGUGAUAGCUGUGUCAAGCGCCUACAGCUGAUUUUGGAAAAGGGUGAGGUCCUAAGGGUACAAGUCGAAGGAGGAGGCUGCUCAGGAUUCCAGUACAAAUUCACUGUGGAUACAACCAUAAACCCAGAUGACAGAGUCUUUGAACAGGAUGGAGUUUCGCUGGUCGUUGAUUCUGACAGUAUGGAGUACCUGAAAGGAGGGACAGUGGAUUACAGUGAAGAAUUAAUCCGAAGCUCAUUUCAAGUGAUCCACAAUCCACAGGCAGAACAUGGGUGUUCUUGUGGGAGUUCCUUUUCCAUCAAGUUGUAAAGUGGGACCUGUUGUGGAGCAGUUUUUCUCCAAACUUCUAUUUAAAACGUUGCUCACAAAAUCUGCCAUGGCCUGGCCAGGAGAAGACCCAGCCAUGCUUGAAACAAAAUGUUGUGAUCUUGUAGCCUUGUAAAAUAUUGCAAAGACAGCAAAUGCUGAGAGAACACUGGAGUUUGCAUUAUUUAUGCUUUGCAUUGUGAUACUGUCGAAUAUUUUGAAACAGAAUGUUCUAGUAAUAGCAAAAGUUGUACAAAUAUUUUUUUCUUAACACUAUCCCUUUGCCUCUUCUGAACUAAAUAAUUCUGUGAAGGGCAGUGAGCAAAUUAAAUAAUUCAAUCUAAAUUGUCUCACCAUACCCAAGAAAGACAGUGAAAUAUUGUGUUUUUUUUUCUCUCUUUGAAGAGAAGACUGUGUCUGGCUGCUUGCUGGUGAUCUGACGUGGGUGGUGAUAUCCGGUCAAAUUUUAGCCCGUCUCUAGCUUGUACGGAUCUUUAACUGCUUGAACAUGUUUUGGUAUUUUUCCCCAACAGAGAGAACUGUCUUUGAAGUUAGGUGGCACUCCUCAGUUUUGCUUGACUACUCUAUUCCGUUACUAAUAUUUAGAGUGUUGUAGAAACCUGGUCACUUUUUUCAAACAGUUUAAUUUGAAAAUGACCGACCAAAUUUGUUUUCUUCACUUCAGACAAAAGAAUGCCAAUCUUGGCAACUAGUUUAAAAAAAAAAUCUCUUCAUCACCUUAAUUCUGUGUCCUCUGGUUAUCAGCCCUCGUGGAGAAAGUGAGGACUGCAGAUGCUGGAGAGCCAGAGUCAACAAGUGUGGUGCUGGAAAAGCACAGCAGGUCAGGCAGCAUCGGAGUGGGAGAGUUGAUGUUUCAGGCAUAAGCCUUUCAUCAGAAAUGUGGGACUUAAGCCUUGCAUCAGCCCACCAUUCCUGAUGAUGGGCUUCUGCCCAAAACAUUGACUUUCCUGCUCCUUGGAUGCUGCCUGACCUGUUGUGCUUUUCCAGCACCACGUUUAUCAACCCUUCUUGCCAGUGGAGGUUUUACUGCCUAUUGGCUCUAUCAAAACCCUUCAGUUUUGAACUAUUAGGUCUCUUCCUCUUUGCCCCCAUUCCCUAUAUUUGUCCAUGUGGAACAUUUGAUGAGUAACACUCAAGUUGAAAUUGUUAAGUUGUGUGACUAUUUGCUUCCUGUUUUAAGGUAAUGACUCUAAUUGGAAAUUACUCAAAGGCACUGAGGAACUUACACUGCAGCAAAAGUAUGUGGAUUUGAAGUUGAUAACUGGUGUGAGGGUCAGGUAUAUUUGUUUUCUUCUCCGACGUUAUGCAAAACAGCCUGCCUAAAUUUAUGUAGUACUUACUUUAAAAAAAAUUGGUGUGAUUACCAUUGUAAUGAACUUCAUGGUUACCUUUUUUUAAUUUGUUUUUGUUAAUUUUCAACAAAGCAAAAAGGAUGCUGAGCUGAUUUGUCCAGCAUUAUGUCAGUGUCAAAAGAAGAAUGUGAACAUGAAGCUUGGAUUCUGAGCUUGACACCAGCUGUGUUCGUCACAGAGGAAGUGCCUUUUGUGGGAAACCUGACCUUUUAUUUUUGUAACUGUUUUGUUUGACAAUAGGCAACAAUGGCAGAUAAAAGAUUUGGUUAUGAUCUGACACAGAACUGUGUCAUAUCUGUGACAUAUGUAAUUCUCAGUUUGAUGUCACUGCCUGUCAUUUGCAUUAUUUGAAAUGAAUUAAUAAUUACUGGGAUAAAAGAAAUGAACAAUUACAGUAUUCUGUAAAAACUAA